AUGGUCAGCCGCCCGCCCCAUCGAACGACCUCGACAGCUAUCCAUCCCCACCAUCAACCCGGCGCCUAUAAUUCACCCCUGAUUGGCCUCCGGAUUAAUUGCCUUGGCAACGUUACGCUCUACGAGACUGUGAACAGUUUCCGCUCCCAUCCAAAGCGCGUGCGUGACCUUCUCGUCGAGCUGGAAGCUUUGGGUGCCGUCUUGGCUCCACUCGUCGAUCUGGUAAAUUCGACCUCUGACGUUGAUCUCUCGGCCCUGGACCUACCGCUGUUGCGAUGUGGCAGUGCCUGCAAAGAGUUUCAACAGGAGCUACUCCGGUGCGCGUCGCGAUCAAACAGUAAUCGAACGAGCUUCCGGGACUGGGCCAGGCUGACGUACAUGGGUGACGAUAUGGACGAUUUUCGCGACUUGCUGUCAGGAUACAAAGCCACGAUCAAUAUUGCCUUGACCGAUGCAACUCUACGCAAAUCCGCGAUUGCUGCUGAAAGCAUCGGCGACUACGAGAAUCUCAUCCAAGAUGCCAAAGAAGACCUCGAAGCCCGACUCGAAAGGAUUGAUAGGAAGUUGGAGCACCUAGUCGUCCACGAUGCGGCUCAGCCCGGACCAGAUGCGGCCGAGCUGCAGUCACUCAGGGAAGAGCGCCUGAGCACUGAGAAAUGUCUCCAGAUUUGUGCGCAGCUGUCGAGCCAUAUCGAUAAAAUUCAGCUGAUAUCUGACGAGACGAAUAAAUCGUGUGGGUCAACCAGUGCAGAUAUAUCUUCCGAAACUCUCACAAAUGAGGGCCUGCAAGAUUGCAAAAACAGCUUGGCUGUGACGGCUGCUAAGUUGGAAAAGCAUAUGCGAGAUAUCAUGGACCGGCUACUGGUAAAAUCAAAGACAGCCAUUUCGUCCGAUGAAGAGGCUCAAGACCUGUCGAAGCUGCGCGAUGAAUGGGAAACCGCCCGUCAAUGCUUGGAUAUUUGCUCUCGGGCGGACGGUCACCUAAAGGAGAAUGUCAGCGUCAUUGAAAAUUAUGGCACCGGCGACGCUUUACAGUUCAUGGUCUCCGCGAACGGGAAUGUCCUGCACGGGAAGAACCGGGGAGUCGGUUGGAGGAGCAGGCAAGUGGGAGGCUACUUAAGUGACGAGACUAUCCAGCAGCUAUCGCGAAACCUUGCAUCUAUGCACACGAGUCCGUUGAGGGGCGAAACUUCCUUCCCGAAGGCCGGGGCCACACCCAGUGCUGACGACACGGUGGAGGGUGAGACGACAGCAGAGUUUCAAGAACGAUUUGGGCGAGGCUUUACGCUUAAGCCGAUGGUUUCACCGGAUACACUCACGUCGUCGCCAGGAACAAGCAGCGACUGGGUAGAAACGCCGAGAAGAUGA